AUGCAGAUCCGGGUAGAUGGGCCCAGGGGCAACGCCCUCCAGUACGAGACUGUGCAGGUUGUAGACCCCGGCCCUGUCCUCCGGGACAUGGCCUUCUCCAAGGACCACGAGCAACUCUACAUCAUGUCAGAAAGGCAGCUCACCAGAGUCCCUGUGGAGUCCUGUGGUCAGUAUCGGAGCUGCAGCGAGUGCCUUGGCUCGGGUGAUCCCCACUGUGGCUGGUGUGUGCUCCACAACAUGUGCACCCGGAAGGAGCGCUGUGAGCGGUCCAAAGAGCCCCGCAGGUUUGCCUCCGAGAUGAAGCAGUGUGUCCGGCUGACCGUGCAUCCCAGCAACAUCUCCGUUUCUCAGUACAAUGUUCUGCCCAAUGCCCGUCAAGAGGGCUGGGCCAAACCUGGCCAGCCAAGCAGUUCUAGAGCAGGAUGA